AUGUUCUAUUCGGAGACGCUCCUCCAGAAGAGCGGGCCGUUGGCCCGCGUUUGGCUGUCGGCCAACAUUGAGCGCAAGCUUUCAAAGACGCACAUUUUGCAGUCCAACCUGCCGGACAGUGUAGAGGCUAUCAUUACGCCUGGCCAGGCUCCGAUGGCCCUUCGUUUAAGUGGCCAGCUGCUGCUUGGUGUUGUCAGAAUUUACAAUCGCAAAGCCCGUUAUCUGCUCGAGGACUGCAAUGAGGCUUCAAUGAAGAUCAAGAUGGCCUUCCGCUCGAGUGACAAUCACGAUAUGGCAGUCGCCAACCUCUACGUCAACAACCGCGAAGCGUUGCUGCUGCCUGACAAGAUUACUCCACUAGACAACCUGGAUCUUCCACCGCCUCCCGACGCCGCUUGGCUUUUGUCGCAAAUGGACGAUGUCACUGCUACGCCAGUGGGUCGCAAGGGACGUGUUAGCAACCGCGACAUUAACCUUCAGGAGGAUUUCAACAACAGCCAAUUCCUCAACCAGGCGGACACCCUCGAUGACGAAUUGGAGCUUGCACCUAUGGAAGAUCUUGAUCUUGAACUCGACUUUGGCAUGGACAUUGAUGAGCGACCCACCCGCAUGGACACGACUAUCGAAAUGGGAAGAGACGCGCCUCUGGCUCGCUCAGUCGAGGACGACAUGUUCAGCGAGCUCGACAUCAUGCCGCGAGGCAAGGACCAGACCGAACGUGAGCCUUCACUGGGCUUGAACCUUGACUUUGGCGACGACACCGUCCGCAUCGCCGACGAGGAGGGCGACAUUCAAAUGGGCGACGACGACUUCCAGUUUCCCAUUGGCGAUCAAUCUGUUGUUCCCGGCCUUGCUGGCGGUCCUCUGGAUAUGCCCCGUGGUCGUAUCUCCGAAUCACCAUUGUCAGAAAUCGACCCGGAGUUCGCGAGAGAGGUUGAGGAGGAAUAUUCCCGUAUCCAGCAUACAGAUCUCUACGAGCCAGAUGAGGAAGAGGAGCACACAGUCAUUCGUCAUCCUCAACGGGCCAAGAAGAGGAAGGUUCUGUUGCCUGACGAGCAGACGAUGCUUUCAAGCACUCACAUCAAAGACCAACAAGCCAACCACGCCAACAUCCUUAGAGCUCAAUCGUUCUUGCCUAGAGAUCCGUUCGUUUUGGCACUCAUGGAGAUGCAAAAGAGUGGUGGCUUCGUCUCCAACAUCAUGCUUGACGGUCGCAGUGCCAGUUGGGCACCUGAGCUGAGAGGAAUGCUCUCGCUCGAGGCUGUCAGCCGAUCAAACGAGCUGAAGAGGAAGCGGGACAGCGGAAUCGCUGAUGUGGAGAGUGACAACGGCGCCACAUCCAAGUCGCCUCGCCUGAAUGUUGAAGAGGACGACGCGUUUGCCGUCGAAGAUGCCGGUCUGGGCAACCAAAGCAUAGCAGCAGAUGGCACUAUUCUUGAGAUUCCGGCUGACGAGGAGGGCAUUGCUUUUGGAGGAGACGACGACAACACCGGCCGACCGGUUUCGCGCGAAGGAAGUGCCAUGCCGGACUUUGACGAGACCACAGCUCCUGCCGUUCACCCUCAGGACAGUGGUCCGGUUUCCAUGGGUACCAAGCACGCUGUACACGUACUCAGAGACAUUUUUGGUCCCGAUGCCGAGCACGACGCCGACAAGCGCAAAAAGACUGCUGUGGUAUUCCAGGACCUCCUGCCCGAGGGGAGAACGACAAAGGCCGACGCCACCAAGAUGUUUUUCGAAUGUCUCGUCUUGGCCACGAAGGACGCGAUCAAGGUCGAGCAGGGCGAGACCCUCGGUGCACCCAUCAAAGUCCGCGCCAAGCGUGGCCUCUGGGGAGCCUGGGCCGAGCGCGAAGCAGGUGGCGAGAUCGCUGAGGAAGAGGAGCUCAACCAGCCCGAGCCGGCCGCUGUUAGCGCCCCGGCUGUUGCGGUGGAGGCAUAG